AACGGUGCGUGGUAUAAACUUCACCAUAAUCAAGUGACCUGUUUGCAUUUAUGAAAUACUUUAGAAUUAAUUAGUGUUACCCAAUUUUCCAAUAAAAAAUUGCAUUUGCUUUUUCUUUGAAUUUAAUUUGAAUAAGUUGUUUUAUGAGUGUUUAGGAAAAUUGCUUUGAAUUAUUUGUAUAUAAUAAUUAAGAAACUUCAGCCAAACAGUCUUCACAAUGGUGUACUUGCAUUUUCCAUCACAAUUGACGGAAGAGGAGGAAAUGCUAAAGAAAAAGUACGAAAAACUAAGGCGGAAGAAGAAAGCUCUUCAAAACUUGAAUGCGCCUAAACAAGAACCUCCUCCUCCAAAACCACUUGUGAGACCUGGGCCUCUAGAACCUAAGAAAGACGCUAAAGAAGUAGCAAAAAUACUUCUGAAGACUGGCGCAAUCAGUGCUAUUAAAGUAGAAAAUAAAGAGCGGCAAGGUUUCAAAAGACCAAAAGCAUUGGAACGCAAACGCAAUGCUUGUGACAGAGCUUCCAGUUCUGUUGCUGGUUACCAACCAUUCACUGCUUCUCAUUCUGUUGAAGAAGAUGGUCCACCUGUAGGUUCUCCAUCUGAAUCUUCGCCUUCUAAUAGCAGCCGACCACCUGUGAAAAAGUUGUAUGAAACUUUUGUGAGUGGAAGGAAAUUAGAAGAUGAAAUCAAAGAGGAUAGAGUUAGAGAUCAUCAGCGUAGAGAGCGUGAUAGAGAUGGACGUUCUGAGAGACCGCGACAGGGGAAUACAAUUUACGUCAGAGGAUUUGGUGUCACUCAGGAAAUUCUUCAAAAAGUCUUUGAACCAGUUGGUACGAUCAUAAACAUUUCAAUGGAAAUGGAUAAAAACUGUGGGUUUGUUACCUUUGAAAAAAUUGAACAAGCUGAGAAAGCAAUUAAAGAAAUAAAUGGCACUGCUCCAAAUGGUGUUCGCUUGAAUGUUUCCUUAGCUCGAAGACAACCCCUGAUUCCACCUCUUGGAGAAGAUUCUUCUUCUGCUUCUUGGGCAUCAUUAGCUGUUAACUUUCCACAGAAAGGAAAUCAUGAGGAUACCAGGGAGCUUGUUGUGUAUGAUGAAAUUUAAAUUGAAUUUGGAAAGUAAUUAUUUUAUUUUAUAAAUUGGAAUAAUAUGUUUGUUGAAAGGAUAUCAACUUUGUGAGUAACUGUAAUUUUAUCUUGUUAUAAAUCAAAUAAUAUUGAAUUGGAAUGCCAUGAUUAGUGCAAUUUAAAAUUCUGAUUUUUUUUUUAAUGUUUCAUUUCAGUUGAUGUAAAUCAAAAUUUUAAAUGUAAAAGCAGAACUAUGCCAAUCUUUUUUAAUAAGUUUUGGGCCUAUUUUAAAUUUGAAUUAAAUAAGAUUUGCCUGUGUCCAAGCUUAAAGAUUAUUUAUAUUAAAUUGAGAUUUGAAUUAAAACUUUUCUCUUUACCAAUUCAAGUGAUAGGGAAGACAUUAUAUGGUAUUUGUGGAUAAAAAUUUCACCAAUUUAUUUGGUUUCACCAAUUUACUUACUUUAUUUUCAGAUUAUGUCAAGAUAGUCAAUCACCAUUAUAAAUGAUAUAAUAAUCUUGUUAUAUUUCCCAUUUACUUGGUGAUAAAAUUCAGGACUCUAAAUAUCCAUAAGUACUAAUUAUAUUAAUUUUUAAUUGAUUAAAAAUUUGAUUUUGAUUAGAAUACAAUGCAUACAAUUUUAUUAAAAAAGAAAUUAGACAUCAUAAAUUCACAACAGAUUCUUUUAUUAAUAAAUAUAAUAUUGACUGUAAUCAAAACUAUUAUGAAUUCAUCAUUUUCAAUCAUUAAAUGAAAUAUUUACAAUUAGAAGGUGAUUUUUAAUGAUGAGAAAUGUGUCUUUAAGAAUUUAAGAAAUAAAUGGUACUGCUCCAAAUGGUGUUUGCUUGAAUGUUUCCUUAGUUCAAAGACAACCCCUAAUCCCACCUAUUGGAGAAGAUUGCCAUUUUGUCCCAAUUAUUAUCUAGGUUUUAGAAAAUCACCGAUCCUAGAAUGUGUUUUAAUCACGAAUAAUGUUUAGAAUUUUGAAGGUACUGCUACAUAACAAUGAUUAUGGAAUAAAAAUUCUUGAGUUCUUGUAUUUGUAUUGAUUAAGAAGAUUGUAUAAGGAUUAAACUUGGUUUAAAUUGUCUAAACUGUAUUUCCCAUUUUGAUGAUAAAAAAUUGUCUUGUAACAUACAAUCAUUAUGAUGUAAAUUUGGGUUAUCUUUAAAUUUAUAUAUUUACAUUAUUGCUAUUCAUGUUUUUAGUAUUAAAAUCAUGUUAUAUUUUAUCUUGUUAUUAGUUUUGUUGAAAUUUAUUUUGUAUAUUCUUAAGACUGCAGAAAAAAGAAAUCUGCAAAUUUCUACCACUAUAUGGAAUAAAUUAUAUAAAGAAGAAAAGUUAGAAAGACAAAUAAUAAUUGCAGUAUUUGUCCAAUAUGUAUUUCAUUUGUGUCAGUCCUAGAUUGAAAAACAUGUUCACUGGUGAAAGGCUUCUUGAAGAAUUUUAGAAACAUGGCAUAUUAAGCUUAUUUUCUACUGCAGAUAAUAAUAUAAUAAUUCAUAAUUUCUUCAUAAACAUGAUCUAAAGAUUCUUACUGUCAAAUAACAGACAGAUCUAAACUUUCGAGCAACUUCUUGAAAUUACCUAAUUGUCUCCAAAAUGAGGGCUUAUAUUAGAUUUGCAUCCUUUUGUGUGGACAAACUCUCAACAUCCUUGUUGAUAUAAGGCAAAAGUAAUUUAUUGUAGAAAUGAUCUGUUGGUAUGGUUUGUCAUAAUAGAAUAUUUUUGAGGAGUGGUCUUCUCGAAAAAAAAAGAAAGGGGGAGGGGAGCAAGAGGGAGAUUGACAGUAAAUUCUUUCCAUAGAAAUAUUUAAUCAGAAUGCAGAGGUUAUUCAUGUAAAAUCUUGAAACUUUUUGUAGCCACAUGUGAUAAUUCUGAAUAUUAACUGUUCUGUUUAUAGUUAUUCUUGCAAAAACUAGGUAGCAAAAUCUGUGCAUUGAUGUGGACCACCUUGAUGUCGUGACUUCCACUAUGGAGACCUUAUUUAAAUAUUAUCAUAAAAAUAUAUCAUAAAAUGAUCAUAAUGUAACUACAGAAUAGAUAUUUUUAAGAAUGCUGUUUGAGUACUCCUUAGAGAUUAUUAAGAAUAUAUUGGUCUGUCAAUUAUAACAAAAUAAGAAUCACUAUAAAAUCCCUAACUUGGAAUCUUGAUGGUCAUUUUUUUCAGUUAGGUUGGCAUAUGCAGAAGUAAUUCAUUCAUUGUUUCACUUGAAAUUCAUAUCCAUCCUUUUCCUGGUGUCAUACUCUUUUUUUUUCUUCUUUUUCUUGUGUGUGUGUGAAAGUUUUAAAUUAUUUUGGGCAAUUUCUGAGUUUGAGAUAUAAAAAAAUAUGUACUUAAGCAUUUAUAAUACCUCAGAAUUGAGGGUGAAAAAUAAAUAUCUAACUCUUUGAGUAAAGAAGUAUUUAUCUGUAAAAGUCAAAGGAAAGCAUUCAUUUUUGUAAAUAUGAUCAAAAUGGUUAUGUGUGUGUAGUGUGCGUGUUAUUGUGAAAGAUCAGUAUCAAGCAAAUCAUGAUAUUCUGAUUCAACUUUAACAUUCACUGGAGAAUAUUGAUAUAUUCUAAUUUUGGUAAUGUGUGCAUUAAAAUAUGGUUUGCAUAUUAAUUAUUAUUAUUUAAAGAUAAACAUUUUUUGUCACAAUUUCUUUCCAUCAUGUCAUUUUGCAAUAUUAAAAAAGUAAAAAACAA